GUACACGAAUGAAGACGACAUAUUCCGAUAUGAAAUCAAGGGAACACUACGAAUAAAGAUGCUUCGUGUAUGUUAACAAAUUGUACCUGAAGAUAUAUCAGACCGUUUACUUUGAAAAUGAUUCUGUUGAAAUUGUCACAAAGUGCGAUAGGUUGUUGUACAUUUUUGUUGCUUAUUGAGGCGUUAAGCAUAAGUGGAACUCCAUCAGCAGUGCCUCAUACACAUGGUCACGGUGAUCAGGAUGAACUUGGUCCAGAAUUUUUAGCGCAAUUGACAAAUAUAACGGUACCCCAAGGACGUGACAUAUCAUUUACAUGCGUUGUUGACAACUUAGGUCAAUAUCGGGUGGCAUGGAUUAAAUCUGAUUCAAAAGCAAUACUUGGCAUACACACACAUAUGGUCUCACUAAAUCCAAGAUUAUCUGUGACACACAACGGCCACAACACCUGGAAACUUCACAUAUCUCGUGUACAAAUAAAUGACUCCGGCAGUUACAUGUGCCAAGUUAAUACAGAUCCCAUGAAGAGCCUUUCUGGACAUUUAGAUGUUGUUGUACCACCAGAUAUUAUGAACCACCGAGAAAAUAGCCAAGAAGAGGGAGUAAGCACAGAAGGCGGCAGCAUAUCACUAAUAUGCAGUGCGACCGGAGUUCCAGAACCAAAAGUACAGUGGCGACGUGAGGAUGGAAAGGACAUUAUACUUCGAGCGGAAAACAGGGAUAAACAAGCUCUGAAAUAUGUAGAAGGAGAACGUCUUACACUGACAAAUGUUCAUCGGAGCGAUAUUGGCGGUUAUAACUGCAUUGCAUCUAACGGAGUACCACCAUCAGUGAGCAAGCGUUUUGACGUUCAUGUGAAUUUUCCCCCAGUAAUUAAGGCAUUUAAUCAAUUGGUUGGCGCACCCUUAGAAAGAGAAGUUACUUUGGAAUGCAUGGUGGAAGUAUAUCCCAAGCCUCUAAAUGGCUGGUAUCGAAAUGAAGGCAACAUAAAACUACAUAACGGAAGCAAAUAUAAUAUAACAGAACAAAUGAUAAGCCAGUACGCUUGGCACCUUAAUCUGACUAUUAAGCAUCUGACAAAAUCUGACUUUGGAGCUUACAGCUGCUCUAGCGUUAAUGCCCUUGGUAAAAGUGAAACGCGCAUUCGCCUGCAAGAAUUACGAAUGCCGCCCAAGACGACAACGACGUUAGCACCUCACGUGCACACAACGUCGAAGCCACGUCGGAAGCAGACACCCGGUUACAACAAGGGACUGAACGAAGUGGUGCGUGCUAAGGAAACCCAUUUCUCAAAUCAAAUGCAGCAAGAGAACGAUAUAUUCAGCGGUGGGACUGGUAUGCCCCAGAGCGGCAGCAGCGUUAAUAAUGGUGGCAUUCAAGAAAGUGGAAACGUCAACGACAUGAUAAACGGAGUGAAAGUACAUACGCAACAACCUUCACGCAAUGGGUAUGAUAAGUCAAACAAGUUGCCUGCAAUCGUCCCAUCUCCUCGCUCACCCUGGUCAUUUACAAACUCGGGGUCCCAGGUGCUCGCCUACGAUAUUAAAGGAACUAAUAUUUUGGUAUACCUUAUUUUAAGUGUAAGUUUGUCAAAAACGACGCAGGGAAAGUUAAGCCGCUCACGUGCCAUAGUCAAUACAGACUCGGAACUUGAGAGCGUGCAGCUCUCCAAAGAGCUGGAAGAAAGCCUUCUACGAUCGCCGAAACUAGGCAGAGGCUCCCAGCGCAGGGACGGGCCAAAGCGGUCAAGCGAGGAGAUGAAGUCCAAGGCGCAGUACAAGGCUGCAGAAAAAAACCGCGCUAUCCCCAGAGGAGAAGGUAAAGCUUACCUGGGCCGAGGAGAGGAUCGCUGA